AUGACGACCGGCACCUUCAAGUACAUUGACCUCGACUCCUUCACCGGCAAGCCCUGGGGCAAGGUCGACGUCGACAAGACAUCCUACCAGCGUGUCGAGCGCCAACGCUCCGUCGCCGACAUGCGGGCGGCCGGGCUCGACAACUUCUCCACUGAAACCGCCGGCUUUGGCGUCUACCACGCGCCCUCGCAGGAGAAGGCCUUCACCGACGACGCCGCCGUGCGCGGGCCCUACUACGCCGAGGUCGAGGCCCUGCUGCGCGCGAAGCUGCCGGGCGUCACCAAGGUCGUCAUCUUCGACCACACCAUCCGCCGCCGCGUCGAGGGCGCCGCCCCGCCAGCCCGUGCAGCAGCUGCACGUCGACCAGACGCCGUGGCCCGCCGAGGCGCCGC